AUGCCCGAACACAAAAAUUUCAAGCGUGACACAACGUCUAAUAUCUCCUGUUGUACCAUGGCGGACAAGCCGGAAACUCCUCCAAGCAGCACUUCAAUGUCUGGAGAUAGGCCUGAAGACUCGGAAGCAACUAUAUCUUCAACUAGUGCUGCGAUGGAGAGAACAGGAAGUUCGGACUUGAGCUUUGAACGAAGCAGGACGCCGCCGCUGGCUCCUAUAUCGGAGGAAUCGAGAAUGAAUUCUCCUGUGGAGAGAACAAGAGCCCCAGCCGAAAGCACAGAGAGGGCUACCACGCCAGCCAAGCCCGUAUCGCCAACACAGUCACCAGCUCCUCCUAUACCAGGGGUUCGUCGGUCAGGGACACUACCCCCACUGCCCAGAAAGACUUCAGACGCUUCUACUCGAUUAAGUACAGGACGACGUCGAGGUAGAUCCAUUUCAGCGAAAGAGCUUGAACAGACCCGGCCAGAUUUGUUAUCACAUGACUUGGGGAGAUUGGGCAGUGUUAGAAGAAGGAGUCAAGAAGAGGAAAGAAUGGGAGCUAUUCCGGAGUCCAGGGCAGUAUCACCAGAAGCCAGUGGGCCUUCAGUCGGUCAAUUUGUCUCGCCGGGAAUGCGGCGGAGGACCAGCACCAUGCGAACGGCUGCCAGCACUCGAAGGAGAGGGACACUAAGCCGGCCAGUUCCGAAUGCUGUGUCUUCAGGAGCGGCCGUGGCAGGAGACAACCAGUCAGUCAAUUUCAGUCUUGCUGGGCCACCAGCCGUGCAGGAGGUUGUGGCUACCAAUCAACCUUAUGUUGAUCCCGGAUAUGUUGAAUUGAACCCAGCGUACGAGAAUCCUACCAAUGCACGACCAGUAUGGGGUCUUGCCAAGCCUUUGCCUCGAGUGCUUCGCCCGGGGAUGGUACCAGACCGGAGCGAGCUUACCACAGACGCUGGUGGACCUAGCAAUCAGAAACCUGGCGCUCCCACUGAUGUCGACUUGGAGCAGGGGAUUCAGCCAACACUCCGCCUGCACCAAAUCUCAACUCAACUCGACGAUGUCCGACGCCAGCGGGAAGCAAAUUUGGUUCGACAGUAUAGUCAUACAACAUCGACGAGGACGCGAUCGCAAAGCAUAGUAGCGUUCCCCGAUCUUGCGGAAACAGACAACGAAGAAUAUCUGGACUCGAACAGGCUAGCCGAGGAACAUUCCAACUCUGUGCAUAGUGAAGCACGAGCCGAUUGGGACAAUGCGUCAGCAGAAACUGAGACUCCAGAGAUAGGAGACUUAGAUGGUGACUGGAUCGGUGAUGAGAUCCCCCUCGCAGCAUACAAGCCCCAGGACGAAGAGGUCCAUAAUCUACAUACUCACUGGUCGGUCAUCCGCCUUCGUUUCCGCGAACCGCUAGCCGAAUUGCUCGCUGUCACUGUCCAGCUCACGCUUGGCUUCUGCGCCGACCUCGUCGUUGCCACCUCCAGUACGCAAACAGACACGAAUACAAAUUGGGCCUGGGGUCUUGCGACGAUGAUCGGCGUCUACAUCGCUGGUGGCAUCUCCGGUGCCCAUCUCAAUCCUGCUAUCUCUAUUAUGCUGUAUAUCUACCGCGGUUUUCCCCUCCGGAAAAUUCCCAUCUAUGUCGCAGCUCAACUUCUCGGCGCUUUUAUUGCUACCUUCAUUGCGUUUGGAAUAUAUCGGAACGGUAUCAUCCACUCCAGCGGCUCAAAUCUCGCUGCCGGGGGUACAGUAGAAAGUUUUAUCACGUUUCCACGGUAUGACUGGGUUAAUGGGAGUACCGCCUUCUUCAACGAAUUCGUGGCGACUGCGAUCCUGGGUAUUUCCAUCCUCGCACUAGGAGAUGACACGAAUGCUCCACCUGGGGCCGGCAUGAAUGCUUUCAUUAUCGGCUUAGUGAUCGUCGCGCUGAACAUGUCUUUUGCAUAUAAUACUGGCGCUGCCAUGAACCCUUCUCGAGAUUUGGGCCCCCGGCUUGCGGUACUGGCGUUGGGAUAUGGGACUGAUGUCUUCACAACGGCCUAUUGGUUCUAUGGGCCAUGGUGCGCUACUAUCUCGGGGGCUAUCUUUGGUGGCUUUCUGUAUGAUGUGGCGAUAUUUGUUGGUGGAGAGUCGCCCGUGAAUUAUCCUCGAACGAGGAUAAAGAGGGCCGGGCGUAAGUGGAAGAAGAAGAUGGGUGCUAGACUAAGACUAAGAGGAAGAAAGAGGACUGUAAAAAUUGCAGAAGGACAUAAAGGGUUUGAUGGUGAGGAUAUUAUCGGCCGCUGA